AUGACGCCAUCAGAUGAGUUUCCAAGAUUUUUCGAAUCUUACAUUUGGGAUAAAUGCGCUUUUGUCACGUAUGAGUUGACAAAUUCUUUUCGUUAUGAUGCUAAAAGUCAACACUGGUUCGAUAUGUUGCUACGAAUUCGUUGUGGAACAGUUAUAGAUUCCGACUUGGAAAAAAUUAAAGAACUUGUUGCAGAUGAAAAUGAAGUCAACCUACGUUUGCAAGAAUAUUGGAAAGAUAACGAAACACAUGGAACUACUGAGUUUAUAAUGUAUAUAUGCACUCGUAAGGAUGAAGUUAAGUCACAUAACGAUGAACAGCUCCGAAAAAUCGAAAACUCAGAAAUUAUACCUUUAGAAGCUCAUGAUGAAGUUCCUGAAUCAGAAAAAAUAAAAAAUAUACUUACAGUGAAACUGGAUAAUGAAAUUGAUAAAAUUAUUGAAAUGAAAAUUGGCGCUACUGUUGUUACUACACGAAACCAAUCGAAUAUAUCAUCGGGUACAGUGGGAGUUGUUAAACAAAUAAGUGAUGACACUGUGACAAUUGUUGUUACUAAUAGCAAAAAAGAAAUUGAAAUUAAACGUUGUUCAUAUGAUGUUGAAUAUGAGGACGAAAAAGAAACAUACUAUGCAAAACGUCUUCAAUUUCCUAUUACGCUGGGUUAUGCUACGACAAUUCAGAAAGUUAAAGUGACAGGUUCACAACAACAAUUUUUGUUCUCCUCAUAA